AUGGUUGAAAAGCUGAUAGGGGACAUUAUGUUGAUGUACAUGGAUGUCAGUCACAGAUCAGAUCAGUUGAAAAAGCGCUCCACAAUAAAUUUUGAAAACAGAUGGGUCUUGAGAUCCGCUCUAAACUUCGCAAGUGAUGGAGAAGUAGUUAGAGAAGUAGGUAGAGAGUUCCAGAGAAAAGGACCAGAAAAAGCAAAAGCAGAUUUGGCAAAAGAGUGUUUAAUACGAGUUAAGAAAAAGCGAGAACAAGAAGACGAUCGUAAACUGGGACGUUUAGGAUUAAGUUUAAGACACAUACCGUCAGACCAAGCGAUAAUUGAAGAAAGACAUAGAGAUAGAUUAGGUUGUAAGUGUGAUGUGGAUAUCAAGGGAAGGAUAUAUAUGGCGAAAAAUGCAUAUUCUAAAAUGAAAAACAUCCUCACUAACAGUAAAAUCAGAAUAUCAACAAAAUUAGAACUGUUAGUGUUACAUUUUUCCUGUGCUCAUACGGCUCUAAGUCCUGGACAAUUAAAAAAUAUGAAAAAAAAUAUUAAUGCUGCUGAGAUGUGGUUUUUGAAAAAAAUUAUAAAAAUUAGUUAG